AAAAGAGGAAGGGAGAAAGGGAAAAAUGAAAGGAAAGUAAGAAGAGAAGGAGAAAGAAGAAGGGAAAGAGAAAAAAGAAGACAAGGAAAAGAAGGAGAAAAGGAAGACUUUCACUUCUGGGGAAUUCCCAACAGAAGGACUAAAGGCAUUGGGAAGAUUUAACCUUGGGAGGGGAGAGGAUGCCCCGCAGGUCAAGCCAGACCUGUUCCUGCUCUUGAAAACCGGAACAUGGAAAAAGACAUUGGAAGAAGUUUCCUAAGACAGGCAGAUUUGGUGCCAAGUGGUGGGGAUCCAGUGACCCAGCCGGGGAGGGUUUGGAUGUGCUCAUGGGAACCUCUGACUAUGACUUUGACUCUGAUUUGGGCUCCACCAGGCAGGACCUGCUAGAUUCUGUAACUCUCACCAGGAUUUUUGGGGGGAGGGGGAAUUGUAAGGAAGAGAACUGAUAGGUGAAUAAAACCUGUAAUUUGAAAAAGAAGGGACCACCAGACUCCUGCCGAUUCCGAUUGAUAUAGCAGGUGGAAAUAAGCAACAGACCCAGAAUUCAUGGUGAAUCGGUCAGCAAGAAGCAAAUGCGCCAACAUAAUGGCAGAGAAACACAAAGUGGACACUUUUUCUUCUUCUAGUUUUCCAAAAACCUGUCAGAAAUGACAUCUGACUCAUGCUAAUGGAAACACUUGACCUCAUCAAAAUGGUGGACUUAGAAUACAGCCAGCUCUGCCCCUUUAUUCCCUUCAAGGACUAUCAAGAUCCUCUUCCUUUAUCUUAAGAAAUUUUGCAAGAGAUGGAGAUCAUGAAAGAACUUUCACCGUCUAUAACCGCGGAAAGCUCUGGAGUAUUAACUGACUUCCAGUCGCUGGGAAACGCCUCAGACGGAUCUGUCCAUACAGAUUCUUUCUCACCAGCAUCAAGCCCUUCAUCCGUGAAUCUCGCCACUCUUCCAAACAGCAAAGAUGAGCUCCCCAAUGUGGCCUUAAACAUUGAAUGUAGAAUCUGUGGAGAUAAAGCAUCAGGCUAUCACUAUGGAGUCCAUGCUUGUGAAGGUUGUAAGGGCUUUUUCAGGCGAACCAUCAGGCUAAAACUUAUUUACGACCGAUGUGAUCGCAACUGCAAAAUCCAGAAAAAGAACCGUAACAAGUGCCAAUACUGUCGUUUUCAGAAGUGCCUUUCUGUUGGGAUGUCCCAUAAUGCCAUUCGAUUUGGACGGAUGCCCAGAUCAGAAAAGGCAAAGUUGAAAGCUGAAAUUCAAACAGGUGAACUUUGUAUAGAAAAUUCCGAAGUCGCAGAUCUUAAGUCACUGGCCAAGAGAAUUUAUGACGCCUAUUUGAAAAACUUUAAUAUGACCAAGCUCAAAGCAAGGCUCAUACUUGUGGGGAAAGCCAAUAACAAUCCUCCGUUUGUCAUACACGAUAUGGACACAUUGUGCAUGGCCGAGAAAACAUUGGUGGCAAAGCUGGUCGCUAACGGAAUACAAAACAAGGAGGCAGAGGUGAGGAUUUUCCAUUGCUGCCAGUGCACCUCUGUAGAGGCGGUGACGGAACUCACGGAAUUUGCCAAAUCAAUUCCGGGCUUCUGUAGCCUCGACUUGAAUGACCAGGUGACCCUCUUAAAAUAUGGGGUGUACGAAGCCAUUUUUGCCAUGUUGGCUUCUGUGAUGAACAAAGACGGGAUGCUUGUGGCUUACGGGAACGGCUUCAUAACGCGAGAAUUCCUCAAAAGUUUAAGGAAGCCUUUUUGUGAUAUCAUGGAGCCAAAGUUUGACUUUGCCAUGAAAUUCAACGCCUUGGAAUUAGACGACAGCGACAUUUCCCUUUUCGUGGCCGCUAUAAUAUGUUGUGGAGAUCGGCCAGGCUUGGUAAACAUAGGACACAUUGAGAAGAUGCAAGAAAGCAUCGUGCACGUACUGAAACUUCAUUUAGAAAACAACCAUCCGGACGACAUCUUCCUAUUCCCCAAACUUCUCCAGAAAAUGGCCGAUCUCCGGCAGCUGGUCACGGAACAUGCUCAGCUAGUUCAAGUAAUCAAAAAGACCGAAUCAGAUGCACACUUACAUCCUUUGCUACAAGAAAUAUACAAGGAUAUGUACUAAGGGCGGUUUCCGUUUCGUGCAGCGGGCAAAGCGGUCGCUACACAGCCAUGAUGCUUCAGGCGCCUUGGUCUCCGUCGCGCUUCAGUUGGAACAUUUGCAACCGUCCUAAAAUUUGGGUAACUGGAAUAUCCGUUUCUCGUGCAGGGGUUCAGCAAUCGAAAGGAAUUGCAUAACAGAGAGAGAUGACGAUAAAAAGGGGUGAUUGAUUUGAAAUUUGGGGCCACGGUGGGAAUUGCGUCGUGCCACAACUUUAACUCACAAAUAGAAUGCCUUCUGACAUUUCUGCACUUUUAAGCAUUUGUCGUUCCCCCCCACACCGCCUCCCCGCCACUCUCUUAAUAUGUGAAAGUCAGUCGUUUGGGGUAGGAUCCAAAGAGCCUUGGGGCGGGCAGUGGCCAGAAGGGCUUUGCUGUUUUCUUUCUCUCACAGUUUAUAGGAGGAAUUAUACUUGAAACUCAGGGAUGUUUCAAAAAUAAAGGUGAAGAGGGUUAGCCAUUGAAGGGAGAAAGGGUACAUCUUUUAGAUGCGUCUGACUUUGUUCCUGGGAUUGGUUGCAUUUGGUAUUUGAUUGGUGACCGUUGAAGAGCCGUGGUGGCGCAGUGGCUAGAAUGCAGUAUUGCAGGCUAACUCUGCCGAUUGCCAGCGGUUCGAUCCUGGCUGGCUCAAGGUUGACUCAGCCUUCCAUCCUUCCGAGGUCGGCAAAAUGAGGACCCAGAUUGUUGGGGGCAAUAAGCUGGCUCUGUAAACCGCUUAGACAGGGCUGCAAAGCCCUGUGAAGCGGUAUGUAACUUUUUAAGUGCUAUUGCUACAGAAGAAAGUUUUUUUUCUUAGAAAAAAACAGCACUGCUUUUUCUGGCUAAGAUUCCAAUCCGAGUUCCAUAGAAUUAUGUGGCACCUCUAGAAGUUUAGCUGUGUAGUAUGGAGGACUUCAGGUGAAACAUCAGAGGUUGAUGGGAUAGGAGGGUGAUGAUUUCCAACACCCCUUCAAAAUCUAUCUUUUGAGGGUUGGAGAGAAGACAGAGUCUAAGAAGAGCAGCCAGAAUGGAAGAGAAGUUGGAUUCCAUCAUUGUGCCAGAUCUCAAGGACUUCGGGAAUCUCAGUGGAAUAUAAGCUUCUUGUGCUUCCUUUACGAUGAUAUGAACCAAGCUGCAUGACUGUUAAUCGUUGAUUUACAUCCCUUUAGUUAUGGGGACUAAGGUGGCCUCAUAGGUUGGCUUCAGUCUUGAAUGUCUAAAAUAAGGUCAGACCCAGUAUUUCACAGAAGCCGUGUCGAAUACCAUUGGUGUGUAAUUUGCACUGAAAUGUAAAACAGAAAUUGGGAGCCACUUAACACUACAGAUUAUUUCCUAGUUUGGUGGCACCAAAAUACUGCAGUCAAGCCUUAAGUGGGAGCUUGAAUAGUCUACAGCAGGGGUCUCCAACCUUGGUCCCUUUAAGACUUGCGGACUUCAACUCCCAGAGUCCCUCAGCCAGCAAAGCAAAGGGACCAAGGUUGGAGACCCCUGGUCUACAGCAUCCCAAACUUGGCAACUUUUAAGACUUGCGGACUUCCAAUUCCCAGAAUUCUCCAGCCAGCCACGCUGGUUGGGGAAUUCUGGGAGUUGAAGUCCAUAGAUUUUAAAGUUGUUGAGUUUAGAUACCCCCGGUCUAGAGGUUUGUCUAAGCCCAAUCUUCCACUGAUGGUGUCUGUGUAUUUUUAAAAGAGGGGAUGUGUUAGACUUUUCAGACAUUUAAAUCCUUCAGAUAAACUAGUGCAUUGCAUGUAGUAACCAGGUACCUUCUAAAACCAUCAUAUCUGAAAUUCUUUGUAUUUCUGAGGGUUGUUUAUCCACCUUUCGUUAGCCAUCUCGACCCAAAUUCUGAAGAGGGGGCUCACAGUCUUUCAAUGCUGUAUGUACAACUAUAAUUUCAGUUUGUUCAGAUUAUCCUAAAAAGGCCUUGGUUUUGGAAAAAAAAAUACCAAAUUUUCCUCAGUUAAUUUAUGUCCCUGUCGUGUUAAGAUCUUCCAAUAAUAUUUUCAUCAGUUUUUCUAGACUCUACAUUUUUUACACCUUGAUUUCUUUUUAAAAAAAGAGAUAAGUAGCCGAUGUGUUCUAAUAUCCAGUUGGAAUUAUAAUUACCUGUAUAUUCUUAAAUCAUUUUUAUAGGUGAGGAUUUUCAUACUAUGGAAAAAUAGGCCUACUUUUUGCAAAGCUCCAAACACAUUUGACAGAGUAGAAAUUGUUUUAUAAUCAAAAUGUCUUGGACAAACUGUGUGGAAAUCACAGGCGAAAAAAAAUGCUGAUUUGGGUUAUUUAGAACAGGGGUCUCCAACCUUGGCAACUUUAAGCCUGGAGGACUUCAACUCCCAGAAUUCCCCAACGAUUCUGGGAGUUGAAGUCCCCCAGGCUAAAAGUUGCCAAGGUUGGAGACCCCCGAUUUAGAAGGCACCUUUCUUGCAGGAAGUUAUUUUAUUUUAUCAAUUUAUCCCCCAUUUUACUCAAAAGUGGCAUUUUUCUGACACUGGCUCCCAACUGACCAGAUCUUCCUCUUCAGCAGCUUUGUUUAUAAUCUUAUCAUAAUUUAAAGUGUCAUAAAGAGCUGUUUCUGAGCCCUUUCUAUUCCAUUUCCCGCACCUGAAACUGACUCAAUAAGAAUUAAAACGGGAGAAAGAAUUCAGACGGAACAGCAGCUUAUGCCAAUAUAUUUUAAUAGAAACACUGUCUAGAAAUAUGGUAAAAAAAACCCAACUGUUUGCACUAUUAUUCAGAUUACUCAGGAUUGGGGCAAUAAAAUAAAAAUUAAAGCUGGGAAGGUUCGCUUCCCCAAAAUAAAACCAAACUACCUCAACUAAUAAAAAAAAAUUUAAAAAAAGAGUUAUAAAUCAAAUUGUUCAAGAAAUACUAACGUAUCAUGCUGGCCGGCUCAGGAAGGUCCGUGCCUGUCAGCCAGAAUUCAUUUUCAUUCUUUCAUCAUGUGAAUGGUGUUUAGAGAAAGAAUAAAUGUCUUGCUAUUCCACUUUUUAAACAUAGACUGUAUAAUAUGUAUUCUCCCCCCCCCCCCCCGAAAAGUGGAAACCUGCAUUGAUGCUGCUUGCUUGACCCCUGCUAUAUUGGUGUUCUCUGUAUGGCAUAACCUUUAUUUGUUCAUCAUUUCUUGCCCCUUAUUGGGAGUUGUGCAAAGGGCAGCUACAUCAACAAGGUAUCCGGGUUGACGCCCUUUCGGCUGGGCGCCUCCCCGCGCAUUGGCAGUCGGGAAGAGAGAGAAAGGAAGAGAGAAUAUAAAGAAUAUAUUCUUUAUAGAUGUUUGCCUUCUAGCAUAGUUUAACCAGCCUGGUACCACAUCAAGAUGUUACGCCUCAAACCUCUUACGCAGUACGAUACCAAUUUCUUUCUUCAUGCUCCUUAGCAACACAGAGAGAGAGAGUAAAUGUGUUUUAAGUAAAUUCCAUUGGAAUCAGGUCAAGAUGCCCCCGCGUGUCCAGAACAUUUCUUGAAACGGACUGUUUGAUGAACUUCCUUUGUUGACGGGGAACCUAAAAUGCUGUUUUUAGCUGAAACCUGACAUGCCGGUUAUUUUUUAUUUUUAUUUUUUUUGCAUUGGGUUGAAUUCCUUCACACCAGAAAGGAAAUUUUGGCCACCCCAAAUGGAGGCCGCCUCCAUUUGGCAAACCUGGGUCCUCCAAAUAGAUCUAAUCUCUGCUUGCAUUUUCAAGUUGCACAACCCGACUCUUUGUUUUCAUGGCUUAGUGUUUUUUUUAUGGACGGUAGGGAAGAAAAUUUACCCUCACAGUGGACCCAUAUACCUUAUGAAUUUUCCACCUCUUUUAAGAUAGUUGGGAAGUCGUGUGGAGUGUUUGAUUCAACGCACUAGAGGCUUUCAUCCAAUUCGUAGGAAAGGGCCGUGAACAAACUUACCGACUGUUAAUAUCACUGAUUUUUAAAGAACAGUAGGAGGUUAAUCGUAUAAUACAGACUCCGAGGAGCAGAGUGUCAGUGAAUGAGUGGGAAAUUCAUUACGAGCUGGUGGAAACUGUUAUAGCCUAAUACCCAGUGUCAUCAGCCUGCUAAGAAUAGUAUAAGGUAAAUGUUUACAGUUACUAUGCAUUUGAUUUCCCCUUCUCCCCCCCACCCCCCUUACAUUGAGGAUUUAAUCUUGAGGCUUCAGUAGGAAUCUGUUGACCUCCCAGAUGACUUUCACGAGCAACCAAUUUAAGUGUAGGGAUAACAUGCACUGAAUUUGCACUGUAUUUGUAAUUAAAGCUUUUAGAAAUCCCUAGGCAGCAAUGUAAAAUUCCUCUGAACCGCUCUCAAAUCUAAUGAGACAGAGGAGGUAUGAGGUUUCAGUAUAUUGAAAUUAAUGGGAGAGAUUUAUAGCCCCUCCCCCGCCCCUUCUUGACGUAUUAUUCCAAUUAACAAGGGCAGUUGCCUUGUCUGCCUCCCUUCUCCGUUGGGCUUCCUCUGAUACCCAUAGCAAGAUACAAAAGCAGUAAUGCUCAGAUUCAUUUCCACCAAUUUGCAAAUUAUAAAGACAGGCCUCAUGUCUGCUACAUCUGCAGAGUUUGGCCACGGUGGUGGAAUCAAAGCUCCCAUCUGUUUGUUUGUUUUUUACCAGAAGUGCCAUACACAUAAAAAAAAAAAACCCAAAAAAACCAGAUCAAGCUUUGAUUGCACUGUCAUAUCCAACAUCCCGGUUUGUUUUUUGGACCAUGCCUGCAGAUGCCCUUUCCUCAUGUAAACGGUAGUUGGUAAAGGUGGAUUAAAGCAUUUGUAGCUCAGGUUUUAUUUGGAAGCAUCCUAGUGAAAUAUAUUGACAAUGCAAGUGAUCAAUUAAGCACCUCCGUCUUUAACGGAUGAGUCUUGGCGAUGCAAGCUUAUGUGGUUUUUCAUGCUUAUUUUAAGCAGACUUGAACUGUAGUACUGACUACCACUUUAUCCGUAACUUACUUUUUCUGCACUUUGGUUCCUGGGUCUGAGGCAGCAAUAAAAGAAAACCCGAUGAGGAAUUCAGUCAGCUGUAUUGUACUGUAAUUAUCUGCUUUCCAAUGCCUUGUUUCUGAACGGUUUGGAGUGACUUUGCAUAUCUUAAGCUGUUCCCGAGUUGUAGAGCAAAACACUGAAAGGAGAUCAAAAAUUAGAUUUCUUCUCCAUAUUUAAAUGGUAUGAAAGCUGUACUUGUAUGAUGAUGACUCAGCUUUUAGGGAAGAAUUGUAGAUUUAGCCCAAGGAUUUAACAAUAUAUAUAUAUAAAAUUUUCAGCUUCUGUUAUUAAACUGUAAAGUAUUCUUAACGGUGAAUAGGAUUGUCCACAAUGUUAUGAAAAUACUUGUUGACUGUAUUUGGCAAACGUUGGCCUUUGAAUUCUAUUUCUAUACUGUGGGAUUGUGGGGGGAGGGAGGGGCAAUGAUGCUGAAAAUGUGAUAGCAAUUUCCCAAAGAUCAUUGUGGACAAACGUGGCAAAGCUUCCAUUGCGAUUUGUUUAAUGACACAGAAGGGGAAGACUUUUUGGCUGGGACUUCCGUUUCAUGUCUCUUUUCUCACUCGCCUUGUAAAGGGCUGGUACCCCACCUCAAUAGUUUUGUGCCAUGGCACUUUUUGAGCACUUUCCUAUAAAUUCCCCUGUUAUUGCUGUUCAGCAAGGGGGGAAAAGAGAAACAAUGCAAGUUUCAAGGUCUCUUAGUAUGCACAAAGUCACCUCUUGCCCAUCACCUUGGAAAAUGUGUGGGAGGGCAGUUGCUAAGUCCAUUUAAGGGUUCUUGUCAUCUCCACCUAAAAUGUCGCGUGUCCCUCGGUGUUGCUUGCAGAAUAGGCCCAGCUAUUGGUUGCGUUUGAUAUAUUCAAGGGAAUCAGAGCAGCCGCGCUAGAUGUCAUUUUUAUUCCAGAAUUGUAUAAAGCAGAGGUCUCCAACCUUGGGCCACUUUUAAGAUCUGUGGACAGCGGUGAAAUGCUACCGGUUCACACCGGUUCGGGCAAAUUGGUAGUGAUAAAAACUACCGCUUCAGGCGAAUUGGUAGUGAUAAAAACUACCGCUUCAGGCAAACUGGUAGUGAUAAAAACUACCGCUUCAGGCGAACUGGUAGUGAUAAAAACUACCGCUUCAGGCAAACCGAUAGUAAAAAAAAAGCUACUGGUUCCUCCGAACCAAUAUUUCCGAUGAUCAGGUGUGCCGCGUGAUUUAAAAUUGCUAGAAAGCAGGAAAUCCUACUUUCUAGUGAAUCCAAAUCGCGUGGCACAGCUGUUCCCCUCCGCUGUUCUAGUUGCCUUCCCAAGCCUCCUUUUUCUACGUGAAGCGUGCAUUUUGUGUGUACUGCGCUUGCACGCACAUGCACAGCGUGCAUUUGGUGUGCACUGCACAUGCGCAGGUAGCGAACCGGUGCCAAACCAGGGAAGAUUUCAUCACUGUCUGCGGACUUCAAUUCCCAGAAUUCCCCAGCUGGCCAAAUAUUAAAGUUGCCAAGGUUGGGCAUCUCGUUCCGUACAGCAUCAGGUAUGAUGGGAGAACAGUCUAGGGAGGUAGCUACCUUUAGACCAGUGAUGGGUAAACUUUUUGCCAUUGCGUGCCGAAAGCAGGGGGAGUGCGUGGCGGGGGGGUGCCACACAUGCGUGUGCCCACACCCAUAAUUCAAUGUGCUCCGCUCCCCCCAUGCAUGCGCACACAACCCCCCCCCCCGUACUCCCCUUGCUUUUGGCACAUGAUGGCAUGGUGGGCCCAGUAGGCCCACUUUUUGCCCUCCUCAGGCUCCAGAGGCUUUCUAGGAGUCUGGGGAGGGCAAAAAUGCCCCCCCCCCCCGAGGCUGAAAACAGCCCGUUUCUUGAUUUCCGGUGGGCCCAGAAGGCCCGAAAAUCAGCUGGCUGGUGCACACGUGCACGGGAGCUGAGCUAGGGCAACGCUCGAAUGCACACAUAUAUGGUGUUCCGCGUGCCACCUGUGGCACGCGUGCCAUAGGAUCACCAUCACGGCUUUAGACAGUGGCUCCCUCUAAGUGGAUUGCAAUCCAGAGGAGCCAAAUUGAAAUCUCAGGAAGGAACUGGAAGCAGAUUUUGCUUUCCAUUCAUUUGCAAGGAGUGGAUGGUACCAAAAGUAGUGUCAAAUGUUGCCUUCAGGUGCCUUCUUUUCUUCAAGAAGUUUGAAGAACGCUUGGAAAGAUGGAAUAAUCAUCUGCCGUCUCUUCUACACAGAGAUUAAAGAGCUAAAACCAGAAAACAAAUCUUCCUCCAUAAUAAGAGGAGGAAAAGGAGAUUUCAUGAAAGUAGAAAUUUGGCCUCUAGAGCACUUAAGUAGCAAUCAUUGAACCAGCUUUAGCUCACCUUAAAAGCAGCUAAGUCUUUUUUUCUACUGCAACGGAGUUUGUGGGAAUUUAAAAUCGGGGUUGAUGAUGUUAAUCCAGUUAGGCUGGAGUUCAGCUUCCCCAAGCCAACAGGUGUCCAGUCAAUUGAGGUCCCGGGGAGUCAUGAUGUCAUUGCACAAACACUACAAAUUGCAUCAUUUACACCUGUUGCGCUGAUGCAACAUUUGUGAUAUAGUAAUACAGUAUGUAGUGUUGUUACUGCUUGGGCCAGGUGCUUGUGUCCAAAGGCUUAUUGGCUGUAACUACUGGGAGUAGUUCCUCCAGUCCAAAGAGAACGGUUUUAAGGCACUAAGCCAGGGGUCCUCAAACUUGGCAGCUUUAAGACUUGUGGACUUCAACUCCCAGAAUUCUCCAGCCAGCAUAGCUAUGCUGGCUGGAGAAUUCUGGGAGUUGAAGUCCACAAGUCUUAAAGCUGUCAAGUUGGAAGACCUCUGCACUAGGCAGAUAGACUUGGGAGAACUAUAAAGAAUUAUUUUCAGCUGCAGUAAACAAUGCACAGUAAAAGCUGAGGGAUAAGACAAGAAAAAGAAAAAAAAAAGCUUGACUUUGGAAAAAAAAAACAUUUCGUAGACUGCCUUUGAGGGUAAUUUGCUGGUUCAAAAUUUGUGCGUAGCACGUUUAUCACUAUUGUCCUUAAUAAGGAAGACGCUUGAUACAGAUGAAAAACAUUUCACAUGCUUUUUUUUUUAUUUUAGAUUCUAGCUUAAAAUGCAUUAGGUGUUCUAUCAUCCAUAAUGAGAAGCCUGUCGCUUUUUUUAUGCAAAAUUCUGGAGUGCUUAAAAGUUUUAAGU